CCAUCCCCAACUCUGCAAGACUGAAUUGCGUCUCCGAUGAAUCUUCCAUUGUUUCCAGAGUCCAGAUCCAUAGGCAUGAUUCUCAUUUUCAAUUCUCUUCAAUAUCAGCUAUAAUCCUUCAAUACGAUCUUGAACUUAACUUCUCUCAAUGGACAUUCUCUUCGCUGAAAUCCAAGCAGACAUUCGCUCCAAUGACGCACUUCGGCAAUCCGGGGCUCUUCUUCUAGCUCUGCAACAGUCAGCCGCCGGCCGUGAUAUCUCUGUCAUUGCCAAAUCCGCCGUGGAAGAAAUUGUCGCCGCUCCUGCUUCUGCAGUCUGUAAAAAGCUUGCCUUCGAUCUCAUCCGCUCCACCCGUCUCACCCCUGACCUGUGGGAGACCGUCUGCAACGGAGUCCGCUCGGACUUCCACUUCCCGGACCCCGAUGUAACCGCUGCCGCUGUCUCCAUUCUCGCUGCCAUCCCUUCUUAUCGUCUGGGAAGGCUCAUCACGGACUGUAACAAAGAGAUCUCUGACUGUUUCGACUCGCCCAGCGACAAUCUUAGGUUUUCGAUCACAGAGACCUUAGGCUGUGUUCUUGCUCGCGAUGAUCUUGUCACGCUGUGCGAGAACAACGUCAAUUUACUCGAUAGGGUUUCCAGUUGGUGGACGCGUAUUGGGCAAAACAUGCUUGACAAAUCUGAUAAUGUUUGCAAAGUUGCAUUUGAGUCCGUUGGGAGGUUGUUUCAGGAGUUCAAUUCCAAGAGAAUGAGCAGGUUGGCUGGUGACAAGCUGGUCGACAGCGAGAAUUCGCUCGCCAUUCGAUCCAAUUGGGUCUCAUCCAUGGUGGACUUUGUGUGGAAGAAGCGUAACGCUUUGAUGGCUAGGUCUCUGAUAUUGCCUGUGGAGAGUUUCAGAGUAACAGUGUUCCCUAUUGUGUAUGCAGUGAAGGCAGUAGCGUCGGGUGGGUACCAGGUUAUUCGUAACCUUUCAAAGUCGUCUGGUACCGUGAAUGGGAGUGUUAGGGUUGAUUCCAAUGCUGAAAAACUAGUUGGAGUUUCAGAUGUGGUUUCACAUUUAGCACCGUUCCUAGUUUCUUCACUGGAACCGGCAUUGAUUUUUGAAGUAGGGAUUAAUAUGCUUUACCUGGCUGAUGUGCCUGGGGGGAAGCCUGAAUGGGCAUCGCAGUCAAUUAUUGCAAUUCUUACACUGUGGGAUAGACAAGAAUUCUCUUCUGCCAGAGAAAGUAUAGUUAGGGCCGUUGUCACGAAUCUUCAUCUCCUUGAUCUUAAUAUGCAGGUAUCAUUGUUCAAGAGGCUACUUUUAAUGGUGAGAAAUCUUAGAGCAGAAUCUGAUCGCAUGCAUGCUUUAGCAUGUAUAUGUCGAACAGCUCUUUGUGUUGAUCUUUUUGCCAAGGAAAGUGUCCGAAGAGGUCAGAAGCCUCUUGCUGGAACUGAUAUUGCUUCUCUUUUUGAGGAUGCUAGAGUCAAAGAUGAUCUUAAUAGCAUUACAAGUAAAAGCAUAUUUAGGGAGGAGUUAGUUGCAUCACUAGUGGAAAGUUGUUUUCAGUUGUCUUUGCCUUUGCCUGAGCAGAAGAACUCAGGAAUGGAGAGCAGGGUUAUAGGAGCCCUGGCAUAUGGAACUGGUUAUGGUGCAUUAAAUUGGACAGAGCCUGCUUUGGAAGUGGUGGAAGUUUGUCGGCCUUGUGUUAAAUGGGACUGUGAUGGUCGGACCUAUGCAAUUGACUGCUACUUGAAGUUGCUUGUUAGACUAUGCUACAUAUAUGAUACAAGGGGUGGUGUAAAAAGAGUCAAAGAUGGAGCCUCUCAGGAUCAAAUUUUGAAUGAGACGAGAUUGCAAAAUUUGCAACGGGAACUCGUUAAAGACUUACAUGAGGUGAAUACCCCAAGAAUAUUGGCCCGACUUAUUUGGGCUAUUUCAGAACACAUAGAUAUAGAAGGAUUAGAUCCACUCCUAGCUGAUGAUCCAAGUGAUCCCCUCAAUGUCAUUAUAUCAAAUAUUCACAAGGUUCUUUUUAACAUAGAUUCAUCUGCGGAAACAACCAAUAGAGUUCAAGAUGUCCAGGCAGUUCUUUUAUCUGCUCAACGUUUGGGAUCGCGCCACCCGAGGGCUGGACAGUUACUUACUAAGGAGCUGGAGGAGUUUAGGAACAGUACUUUGGCUGAUUCUGUUAGCAAACAUCAAUGCCGUUUUAUGUUGCAAAGAAUUAAAUAUGCUUCAAAUCAUCCAGAGAGUAGGUGGGCAGGGGUUACUGCAGCUAGAGGGGAUUACCCAUUUAGCCAUCACAAAUUAACCGUUCAAUUUUAUGAAUCAUCUGCUGCUCAAGAUAGAAAAUUGGAAGGAUUGGUUCAUAAGGCUAUUUUGGAGCUCUGGAGGCCAGACCCUAGUGAACUAACCCUCUUACUGACAAAAGGGAUUGAUUCUACUUUACUGAAAGUUCCUCCUACUGCAAUUACGUUGAGUGGCAGUAGCGAUCCCUGUUAUGUUGAAGGUUACCAUUUAGCUGACCCUGCUGAUGGGCGUAUCAGUCUGCAUUUAAAGAUCUUAAAUUUAACUGAGCUUCAACUAGACCGAGUGGAUGUCCGGGUGGGACUAACUGGUGCCCUGUAUUAUAUGGAUGGUUCUUCUCAAGCAGUUCGGCAGUUGCGUAAUCUUGUUUCCCAGGAUCCAGUACUCUGUAGUGUGACGGUUGGUGUUUCCCACUUUGAAAGAUGUGCCCUUUGGACUCAAGUCAUGUACUACCCUUUCUAUGGAAGUGGUGCUGUUGGAGACUAUGAAGGUGACUACACCGAAGAGGAUCCUCAAAUUGUUAGACAGAAGAGAAGCUUAAGGCCCGAAUUAGGGGAACCUGUGAUACUGAGAUGUCAGCCAUACAAGAUUCCGUUGACUGAGCUUCUUUUGCCACAUCAAAUCUCACCUGUUGAAUUUUUCCGGCUGUGGCCCAGUUUGCCAGCUGUGGUUGAAUACACUGGUACAUAUACCUACGAAGGAAGCGGCUUCCAGGCUACCGCAGCCCAGCAGUAUGGAGCUUCUCCUUUCUUAAGUGGAUUGAAAUCUUUGUCUUCCAAGCCAUUCCACAAAGUUUGUUCACAUAUUAUCCGUACUGUGGCAGGAUUUCAGCUGUGUUAUGCUGCAAAAACUUGGCAUGGUGGCUUCCUAGGCUUGAUGAUUUUUGGUGCCAGUGAAGUGAGUAGAAAUGUGGACCUCGGUGAUGAAACCACCACCAUGUUGUGCAAGUUCGUGGUUCGAGCAUCUGAUGCAUCAAUCACGAAGGAGAUCGGGUCGGAUCUUCAGGGCUGGCUUGAUGACCUUACUGAUGGCGGCGUGGAGUAUAUGCCGGAAGAUGAAGUGAAAAUAGCCGCCGCUGAAAGGUUGAGAAUCUCAAUGGAAAGGAUAGCCAUGUUGAAGGCAGCUCAACCGCCUCCAAAGUCUCCAAAAUCAGAAGAAGACGAGGAGGAGAAGGAAGAUAGCGAGGAUGAAGAAGACAAAGACCAGAAGAAGAAAGAAAAGGAUGAUGAUAAAGAUGAAAAAACGAAGGGACCUUCAACACUAUCAAAAUUAACUGCUGAGGAGGCUGAGCACCGAGCUCUUCAAGCAGCUGUGCUUCAGGAAUGGCACAUACUAUGCAAAGAUAGAAGCACUGAAGUAAACUAAUUGUCACUAAUAGAAAGGUUUGAUUGAGUAAAUUCUUUGUAUUCUUGUGUACUGAUUCUGUGUAUGGAUAUAUAACAAUUUGAGGAAUCUAAAAUCUGGUCAAAUCGUGCUCUCCAGUUUUGUCUCCUUUUUUUUUUCUUUUUUGCUUCCCACUUCUUCAGGAACGAGCUUUGUACUUUUUGUAUUGUAUUGUAUUCCAUUUCAUUGUAUGUGAAAGUUAUUUAGAAAUAUGAAUCUUUCCUUUUUGGCCUGCA